AUGACAGAGCCGAUUGCACCGUUUUCGAAAAUACCUUUGUUUAAAGAUUUUUACUAUGGUUUUAUACCAAACAAGCCUUUUUAUUUGCCAGAACACUAUCCAAAUUUAACUAACAAAACUGCAAUAGUUAUUAGUCCAAAUUCUGCUGUUGGUUCGAAUGUUGUUAAGCUAUUAUUUUCAAAGGAUUGUAAUGUAAUAGCUAUUGUAAAAUCUCAAUCUUUGGCUGAUUCCAUGAAAAAGAAAAUAACAAAAGAAUAUCCUCAAUCAAAUGGAUCAUUAACUAUUAUUGGAAUGUUUGAUGUAUUAGACUUAACUUUAAUUAAGCCUAUUUGUGAUAAAAUUAAAACUAUUUUAAACGGCAAAGCAGUAAAUAUCAUCAUUCACAAUUCUGGCUUGACGAAAUUAAGAAAAAGUGAAAAAGAAUCGAAACAAGGGAUUGAAUCUGUUUUCCAAAUCAAUAUUAUGGUUCCUCAGCUUUUCCAGCACUAUCUUGAUCCUUUAUUUUUAAAAAGAGAUGAUGUUUCAUUGAAGAGAAUUGUAUGGGUUUCAGGAAGUUCACAACUAUUAGGUGGGUCAGAGUACGAUAAUUUUUUCAUUGAUUACGAUCAUACGUUUGACAAUCACAAAAAUAACUCCAAUACACAGAAAAGACCGUCUUCAUUAACAAUAUAUGGUCAAACAAAAGACGGUAAUAUAAUGCAAGCGAAGGCUUGGGCUGAAAAACAUCAAAAAUUAGUUAAUAAGCUUGAAUGUGUUUCCGUUACUGUUUAUCCAGGAAAUUUAACUACUGAUUUACAUAGAGAUCAUGACUGGCUGAAAAGCAAACCAUUUUCAUUAUUUUCUAAAGAUGGUAUUUAUGGAGCAUAUAAUGAAUUAUAUGCAGCAUUAUCACCUCAAUUAACUACGGAAAAUCAAGGUAGUUACAUCGUACCUUUUGGUCAUUUUGAAAAGCCAAGAGAAGAGUUAGAAACGGCGUUAGAAGACGGAACAUAUAUGAGGUUUUGGAAUCUUAUUGAGGAUUGGAUUCGGGAUUUUACAAAAGAAACGAUGUAA